AUGAGGGCUCACAAGAUUACGCUUCAAGCUAUAUGGCAGAUUUUAGCUCCACAGAUCGUGUCUUUCUUUGAAGAGCAUGGCGUCGAUUCUGCAGAGUUCAUGCGCAUAUCAGAGGAACCCCUGCAGUUGAAAUAUUUUCUUCAAAGUGAAAAUAACUUGCAAUUAUUGUCUGAGUUUUUAGAGGAGAAGUCCAAAGAAAGCCCAAAUUUUGAAUUUUGGUGGUCCUACAUGGACAUGAUCCUGACAUUACUAAUGUUCACGAGGGGGAUCCGAGAUGGAAAGUGGAUGACAUACCGAGCAGCUCUUACAAAAAUGCUUCCAUUCAUCGCCCGAUAUGACCACGGAAAUUACUUCAGAUCUCUCACAGCGUACAUCUGUGACAUGAAUCAGUUGCCGGCCGAAGUUGAAGAAGAGUUCUUGAAUGGAGACUUCGCAGUGCUACGUUCCCCGCAGAAAUUUUCACAAGUUGAUCCAGACCAUGCACAAGAAUGGGUUGUCGGCAUCAGCAAGGGUGCCGGUGGAUUAGUCGGGAUAACUCAAGAUGCAUCCACGGUUCAGCGCUGGGCUUUAUCGUUCCACUGGAGAGGAGAAAUCACUCAGAAAACCUACGCUAUGUAUGGACAAGGCCUAUCGAAAACCGGUUGGGAGGAGAAACUAGGUCGAAGAAAAAGAGAUAACUCUGAUGAAAAUGCACUCCUCAAAGUUAUGCAGUCAUUCCAUUUGAUGGACCCUACGGCUCCUAGCUCAAGUGUCUGCAACGUCGCCACUAAAGACCGGGCAACCAAAGAAAUUCAGACAUCGCUCCUUGAAGCGAAGAAGCGCGGAUCAGAUCUGGUUAUCAACUUUGUAAAUCAGCGUCUUAUUGUUCAAGAGUCGUCUGAAAAACCUGUCGAAAGUUUUUAUGCUAAAAUACCAAAAAACUCUGCUUUAACUCUCUCAGACCUCUUCAAAGUUAAGGACACUAAAGAUCGGAAAAAGGUUGUGGAGGCUGACAGGGAUGUUUUACGUCGUCUAAUUGUAGCUUUCGAAGCAGGCAGACAAAUUGACUUGCCCUCCAUUUUGAAGCACGAGCUUCUUUCAGUACCCUUAUCGAUAGCGGAAAUGGAUGGCACCCUCAGAUCGUCUGAAAAAGCAUCGAUGAUAAAACUCGUUGCUGAAGGCGUGGAAUGCCCAAACUCCAUUAACAUUGAUCGGAACACUUCGCAACUGAUUAUAGACGGUCAAGCUUUAGUAAACAGCAUAGGGAAACCAGCAACUGCCACUACUUUCGGAGACCUCGCAGCAAUAUUCAUUGACAGGGUGGUUCACCUUGGAAGACCGUAUGCCAGAGUCGACAUCCUUUUUGACCGGUAUCGUCCCAAGUCGAUCAAAAGUGGGACCCGCUGCAGACGGACCAGGGGAGCUGCUCCAGUCAGAAGGGACAUCACAAGUACAGCCAUUCCACUGCCAAAAAAUUGGAAGAAUUUCCUAGCACUGGGGGAAAACAAGGCCGACCUAGCCCGCUUCCUCUCUCAGGAAGUUCUCCAACAUGUCUUUAAUGACAUCGAAGUUGUUGUUUCCGGAGGACUCAUACAUGAAGAGGAUGUGCGAUCAACCAACCCCGAAUCCGACGUCAGUUCCCUAGCAGCGACACAUGAAGAGGCAGAUACACGCGUUGUACUACAUGCUGUCCACUCUGAUGCUGACAACAUCGUCAUCAUGGCCAGGGAUACCGACAUUUGUUUGCUGUUGAUCCAUCACUUUGACAAAAUGACCAGUUCUAAAGUGUGGAUGAUGAGUGGCACAGCGAAAGAAAGAAAGUAUCUCCCAAUACAUGAGAUUUGCAACAUUCUCCCUAAUGUUCAAAAGAAGAACAUCUUGGCGUUUCACGCAGUUACGGGUUGCGACUCGACGUCUCACCUUGCAACGAUAACGAAGAAAGCAGCGUGGAAAAACUUCAAUGGAACGGCCUGCCAACUUUUAGACAACCUAGGGCACUCUCCGCUAACUCCCUCAUCGAAGGCGAAUGCAGAGAAGUUUCUCGUUCAGCUCUAUAAGGUGAAUAAAGAUGUAUCUAGCGGGGAUGAAGCCAGAUAUCAACUUUUUGGUGUUGUGAAAAAGCCAGAAGCCUUACCUCCAACAAGCGAUGCGCUGCGGCUACACCUCCUAAGAUGCCAUUACCAGGUGAACGUGUGGGAAAAUGCUCAUCAUGCCCGACCGGAGGUGAUGGAUCCUGAGUCAUAUGGGUGGAGGCUUCACCAAGACGAGUACAUUCCCAUCCUUAUGACACUUGAGCCCGUUCCCAAAGCUUGCACGGACAUUUUAACCUGUAAUUGUUUGUCCCACUGCCUGACAACAAUGUGCACGUGCAAGAAGAAUGGACUGACUUGCACCAAGUUGUGCCACCGCUCUCACCAAUGUCUUAACUCUUCAAAUGGUUGA